AUGGAUAGAUGGAGAGGUAAAAUAGCCGUGGUAACUGGUGCAUGCUCGGGAAUCGGUCGCGCCAUUACAGUCUCAUUAUUGUGCAACGAAAUAAAUGUAAUCGGCUUGGAUAUUAAUGGUAAAGAGUUUCCGAAGAUAAAAGAAAGCGUUUCGAGUGCUUCUUCUAAAGCUGGCGCUUUUCACGGGAUUCAAUGUGAUGUUUCAAGGGAUAAAGACAUAAGUGAUGCUUUUGAAGUUGUUGAUAAACAAUUUUCAGGCGUUGAUAUUAUGAUCAACUGCGCUGGAGUCAUUGAUUACAGAACUAUAUAUGAUGCUGACAGAGAAAGCUUCGAAAGACUAUUAAAUAUCAAUGUCCUGGCUGUUGCUACGUGCAUAAGAGCCGCCAUUAAAUCGAUGCGAGACAGAGGAGUUCAAGGACACAUUAUUAAUAUCAACAGGUUAAAUCCAACUUCUGUUCAUAACAUAUUGAUAAAAAUAAUCAAACAAAUUUAA